AUGGCGAAAGAUACUCGGAAGAAACCCCGACAAACCCUCAAAACCCUUAAUUCGUUCCCCAGAAGUCACGAUGAGCGGCCUACAUUCGUUCCUGCGUUUCUCCGAUUGGCUAGCGAAAUGAGAACCCUCUGGACAGAACAAGAAACAAGAACAAGAACUGAGCGAUUGAAUUCUUCUUCAGUUUGCGUCUCCUCCCACACUCUAUCCACAAAAAAAAAAAAAACCAUAAAACCAAUCAGCGCCUUCACGACCACUCCCCCACCGUCUCUCCUCCGUCCCAGCCGCCGCCGUCAACCGACGUUCUCCGCCGUCGCCUCCUCAGAUCAAACCCAACACGAGAGCCUCACAAACGGUGGCGCAACUCGCCGGAGAACCCUGACCACAAUCCUCCUAACCGUCGCCGCCCACGGAGCAUCCGCCACGUCAGCGGCGGCGGAGAAGUGGGGGGUGAGGUCGUUCAUAAGGGAGAAGUACUUCGAGCCGGGGCUAUCGCCGGAGGACGCGGCGGCGCGUAUAAAACAGACGGCGGAGGGGCUGAGGAGCAUCAGGGAGAUGCUGGACCACAUGUCGUGGAGGUACGUUAUAUUCUAUAUAAGGCUGAAACAGUCUUACCUGUCGCAGGACCUGACCAACGCCAUGAACUUAUUGCCGGAGAUUCGCCGGAAAGAUUACGUCACGAAGGCCAACGAGCUCGUCGAAAACAUGACCGAGCUGGAUUACUACGUACGGACACCGAAGGUAUACGAAUCGUACCUCUACUACGAGAAGACGUUAAAGUCGAUAGACGAUCUCGUGGCCUUGUUGGCAUAGUCGGCUAAUGUUUUCAAUUGCUAAACAUUAUGUGUAUAUUCUUGUAAGCUUAUUUGUAUUGAAAUUUUUCGUAUUUUGAUUAACAUAAUAAAUUAAUAAUUAGUUUA